AUCGACGGUUAGAAAUGAAACGAUUAGGAGAUUAGAUCGUUGAACAAAACGACGUGUUUUGGUCUAUUUAUAAAGAAAGAAAUAAAAAGGAGAGAUGACCAAACACGCCUUUAUCAUAGUUUCUAUCUCCGAUGACACAAAACGAGGAAGAUUAUUUGACAUUUUAAGUAAGAACAGCUAGCUUUGCCAUCUCCCUAAAGGCAAUAAAUCUCGGAUCCACUUUCACGAUAUUUUGAUAUUUUUUCUAUUUAUAAUCUUUCUGGGUUUUGAGUCUUUUGAAGGCUGAAUUGCUCUGAAAUCUCAAUUGUAUAAUCAUCUCCUGGGUCGUCGUUAUCGUGAUCAUCUAGAAAGCAUGACUACACUAGAUUUGACCAGAGCCGAGCUUGCUCUUAUUGUUCUCUAUUUGAACAAAGCUGAGGCUAGAGAUAAGAUAUGCAGAGCUAUCCAAUAUGGUUCCAAAUUUUUGAGCGGUGGCCAACCUGGUACUGCUCAAACUGUCGACAAAAACACCAGCUUGGCGAGAAAAGUUUUCCGUCUUUUCAAGUUUGUCAAUGAUUUUCACGGUCUUAUCAGCCCCGUGCCUAAAGGGACUCCACUUCCUCUUGUCUUACUCGGGAAGUCGAAGAAUGCGCUCUUGUCUACCUUUUUGUUUCUUGAUCAAAUCGUCUGGCUUGGUAGAUCCGGCAUAUACAAGAACAAAGAACGAACUGAAUUGCUUGGACGUAUAUCACUUUUCUGCUGGCUGGGAUCAUCCGUUUGUACAAGUGCAGUCGAGAUUGGUGAGCUUGGAAGGCUCUCUUCAUCUAUGAAGAAGAUGGAAAAGGAACUCAAAGCUGAUGAUGAGCUGUAUCGUGCUAAGCUUCAGAAAUCAAACGACAGAACUCUAGCUUUGAUUAAAUCAAGCAUGGACAUUAUUGUAGCCAUUGGUCUCCUUCAGUUAGCUCCAAAGACGAUUAGUCCUCGUGUCACUGGUGCUUUCGGGUUUACCACCUCACUUAUCUCUUGUUAUCAGUUGCUUCCAUCGCGCCCCAAGUUGAAGACACCUUGAAGAAGGAAUAAGCUUGUUCUCUAGACUUUCAGAAUAAUUGUUUCAUAUUCAUCAGUAAACCUAUUGUGUUCAGGUAUUCUAAGGAGUCUAUGUUCCUCCUUUGAAUGAAUUUGCUGCUCUUAUAACGCGUUUGCAAGAAUAAUGAUAAGUUUUAGAAUAAGAUUAUUAUGAUACAUCUUCAAGAUUUUUUGAUUAGAAAUUUGUGUUUGUUUCUCAUUUUGAACAAGACUCUGUUCCUACAUAGUAGAGAGGAAAUCAUUUGAUGUUCGAUAAUUCAUGUUUUCAUCAACUUUUGCAAAAUAUGAAGAAGCAAGCAAGUGUAAUAAUCUCUGAAUGGAGAAGUAGUAUUUACAAUCACGACCACCUUGUAACUACAGACAAAACUAGAGACAACCCAACCAUGUGUACACAGUUCCAGAUCUGAGAUUCAUCUUGAGAAUGCAGCCCAGAUCAAGAAAAAAAAACAGUAUAGUGAAUGUUUCACUGAAAAAUAAUCUCUCACCCUUUACAAACAAUCUCACUCUAUAUCUACAAAACUAUUGUGAUCCAAUGACUUCUUUUGCACAUUCUUUAGGUAAUAUAAGAACAGAGUCUAUGCAUAGCCCACCUUUCGUGUGAGUGCAAUCGAUUUGAGUCAUGGAGAAUUUGAUUCCUGUUGAUACAUCUGGAUUUGUCACUUUGAAAUCUCCAACGUGAUAGUGACUCCAGCUCCCAGGGUUGUUGUUCAGAUAACACAAUGAUACAGCUUGUUGGUUGUCCGAAGUGGCGAGCUGGAACCU